CAAACUACAAUGUUGUGUGUGCGCUAGCAAACUUGGAUGCUGUACUGAGAGAUAAAACAGGCAUUAAUUAUAUCCGACGUUUCAGUAAUACGUCCAAUCCCGUAACUACCUCGUCAGAUCAGAGAGCGCAAGUGUGCAUCAUGUGAUAAUCAAAACAAAAACACACCUCAGAAGAUCGACGCUUUUGUUUCGGCCAUGACCUCGUGCUUGCAUCUGUUCUCUUAUUGUUACAACUCAUCAAAGGCUGGCUGAAUCUACGAAGUCAAGCUUUUAUUUUUUCGUUUCUCUUCGAGAAAAAUCAAGGUUGAGAUAAUUAAACACUGAUGGGCGAGGCAAAAGACGUAGUGAAGUUGGAAUGGGGGAUGGAAGGUUGGAAGGACAAGACUAAGGCUAUGAAAGAGGAGAUAAAACGUCAAAGUGAAGCGAACGAACUGUUCUUUGUGAAAAAUGCCAAGCAAAUUGACCUGUCCAACUUUCUGGAGGAAAGCACCAACAAGUACACCUUUGCAAUUAUGGGAAUGAGUGGAGCAGCCAUUGUAAAUCUUCUUCGCACGAUCAUCAUGGAGUACCGUGAAAUAGACAGUGGUCCUUACUACUUCAAGUUUGCGGCUGAUAAAAAGUUUAAGGUGGAGCUCAUGCCCACAGCACUCUAUCCUGGACAUGGGCUGAUUAAAGUCGUUGGCAGAUUGAAGUAUUACUCUUACCAUGAAAUGUGCGCGUUACUGGCUAAGAGUGGCGUGACAAGCAAAGGGCUUGGUGACAUGACGCAUAAACUGAAUACCAAAGGCAUGAAGUCUGCGUUAUUUAAUGCGGUUAGUCCCAUGAACGAACUCCACUUUAUGCUACUCUUUGAGAUCGCACGGAGACUGGUGCGGGAUUCAAACGGGAAGCCAGUGUCGACAGAUCCCGUGCUCGACCUGCUUCCCUCGGGCGUAAUCAUUGGUCGAAUCAUCGAGCUUUUACGCGUGGAGAAAGACGUCGUACUGAGUUACGACAAAGUCUUCGGUGAUCAGCAGCCUCUCAAUUGGAUAACGGAGAACAACACUAUACUCAAACGCCAGAAAAUGACUGCCAUUAAUAAAAUGUUCUUUGAAAAAUUUAUCGAGGGUCAGCAAGACGAAGUCCCGUUUAUUCGGAGGUUUCUGGAGGAGAAUAAGAACGGUUACAUUAUCAAAACUUUGAAGGGGUACCUUGACGAUUUAAAAGAAGUAUUUGGCGAAAUGUGAUGUAUCACGGAUGAAUUCUAACAUGUCGCACCCAGAUCUCUCUCUAUUUAGGGAAAGUGGGGUGCCUGUGUGAAAAGUAGAAACUGGGUACGAUGUUAACUUGAACUACAAAAACAUAUCAUAUUUUAUUUAACAUAGGAAGUUUACAAAAGCGCAAAAAAUUUAGUAUUUAAAAUGAAAACAUUACUUGUUUUUCUCUAUGAACAUUAUUGAGCUAAUUUGAUGUUCCUCCGACAAUGUUCCUCAAGGAGAUAUAAAAUUACAGAUUUACAGCACGUCUUGCUCGCUAAAUUAAACAGGGACAAAAAAAUAUGUGUUUCUUCGGAAAUAAACUUUUUUCAGAUUUUUUUUUCAUAUGCGUAGUCAAACUAGUUUGCGUUAUGUGUGAGUGUUACUGAUAAGUAAGUGAGUCAGAAACUUACACACUCUUGAAGAUUUUGUAAGUGCAGCCACAAGACUCCUUUUUAUCUGGGGACAACGGACGGAAUCGAACACUUAUCUAACAGUGAAGAGGCAUAGGCAUAAUGUUACAACGAGGGAAGUCGUGUUCUGGCUGUGUCUUAGUAGAAUUUGAGUCAUUAUCAUUACUUAUUUGCGCCAUGAAAUACUAUCAUUUUCAUAUGGGAGUUGGACAAGAGAGAGGUACAUAACGUCAAUGC